AUGGUUACUGGGCUCCUGCCACUCAAUAAAUGGCGCGAAAGGUUUGUGAGACCACUUAAGACGCCUGACCGCCGGACUUCUCUCGUUGACUCCGCUCUCUCUCUCUCUCAAGGAAAAAUGGGGAAACAGAACAGCAAGCUGACCCCUGAGGUGAUGGAGGACCUGGUGAAGAACACAGAGUUUAACGAACACGAGCUGAAGCAGUGGUACAAGGGAUUCCUGAAGGACUGCCCCACCGGCCGGCUCAACUUGGAUGAGUUCCAGCAGCUCUAUGUCAAGAGGGGCGAGGGGCUGGGGGUAGUUUCGCCAUCCAUCCAUCCGUUCAUCCAUCCAUCCGUUCAUCCAUCCAUCCAUCCAUCUAUCCAUCCAUCCAUCCAUCCAUCUAUCUGUCCAUCCAUUAAUUUGUCCAUCCAUCCAUCCAUCCAUCCAUGCAUCCAUCCAUACGUUUUAUGCCUAUUUUAA